CUAUUGAUUCGACAUAAAUCGAAACCGAAAGUGGAAAGGUUCAUAAACCAAAAACAAAAAUAUUUCAAAAUUUUAAGUAACAACGGAAACUUUCACAAAAUACCUCUCAACAAUGCCUACAUAGUAAGCAAAUGGAAUCUGAGAAACUAUUAGUGGCUGCAGGAUUAACAGCGGCAGCAGUUGUUGGUGCUUUCGUGUUCUGGGGGCCCGCGACACAUUCUGGACGCGGUCGCGGUCGCCUAGCCGGAUUGGUAAACUUGGGACAGACGUGCUUUUUAAAUUCGGUGUUACACGCUCUUGCGGCUUGUUCGCAAUUCGUCUGUUGGCUUGAUAUCGACUCAUCUGCCAAAGAUACUAGUUUGCGAGUGACACUGUCAACAGUCUUAUCAGUUAUAAAUGGGACGCAUAAAUCUGUUCAGGAGACAUCGUUUGCUCCAUCUGCGAUCAUUAAUGCACUAAAACGAUUGGGAUGGGUGAUACCGGCCGGCGAGCAGGAUGCACAUGAACUACUCAAUGUGCUACUCACCACUCUGGACGAAGAGAUGCAGAAAACCUCUAGAAAGGCCGGUUGUCUCUCUCACGCACUGGAAAUCUGCGACAUCGGUAAUCCGGACGUAGAACCGGAAAGCUCAGAAGUUGAAAGUAUGGGAAGUGUAAUGUCUCUAAAUGACCUGUGUCGUCCGAGCAAUUUAUCUUGGCGGGGUGGUGCCAACCAUCGAUACAGGUGGAUUUCUAGGUCCUGCCGUUCCUUGCAGUUACUAGCAGGACCGCCCGUUCAAAGUUUAUCACAUCCAUUUAGUGGAACUUUAACUAGUCAGCUGAGGUGUACCGAGUGUAGUCAUAAGUCUGCCGUCCGUUAUGAUAAAUUUGAAAGUUUGUCCUUGCCCCUUCCAUCUGGUAUGGGCGAUUUGGGAUGGGGUCGUCACAAGUUACAUCAACUUCUGACGAAUUUUGUCACUCCCGAAGUGGUCUUGGAUGUUCAAUGUGAAGGUUGUAACGAAGGGCGAGAUCCCACGUCAACUCCAAUUUAUUCCAAGCAAAUAAAAGUGCUAAAUUUUGGGAAGCUACCUUUAUGUCUUUGUAUUCACAUUUCGCGGAAUAUGUGGCAGACGGGGGCCAUGUCAAAAAGACAGGACUAUGUUCAAUUUCCUAUUAGGUUAUCACUAGCUCCGUACACUUUCUUGCAAGCCCAGAACCAAAGGAAGCUUACAACCUCGAUGUACACAAGUACAAGUGAAGGAGGAAGUCCUUUAUCUAACAGCAUGCCUUCGGCAUGGGGAGCUGCUUCCUUUUGUGAUAAAGCGGCUGAAUGGCGUAAUGUGUAUCAGCUUGCUGCUGUAGUUGUACAUACAGGUAGUGCGCACUCAGGUCAUUUUAUUACUUACAGACGUGGACACCAAAAUACUAAGUGGUUUUAUACUUCUGAUGUAGAAAUUCGAGAAGCAACAAUUGAAGAAGUCUUACAAAGUACAGCUUAUAUGCUGUUUUAUGAAAAAAGUACAAGUUUUGGGGGGUUUUAACUAUCAGCAUUAAAUAUAAAGUUCCUUUAUGUUAAUAUUUUUCGCAUAUUAAUUUUUCUGAAUAUUGAUAUGACUCAAUAUUUGUGAUAAAGCCUGAUAAUUGUUUUAUUUAAAUAUUAUAUACAUAUAGGCGUAAA